UCAAUGAUGCCUAUUCAUGCUACCCUGGCUUUUUGGGGCUCCAGCAAAGCACCAUGACAGUAUCCAAGAUAUGGAGUCACUUUCUUCGCGUCAGGUGCAGCCACUUGUUGGUCAAAAUGUUUGGCGAUGCCAAAAAUCGAACAUGUUCGACGACGAACCUGAGGCACGUGGACAUGUUUCCCAUUAAAUGGGUACAAGUGCAUAGGAAUACCCAGAGACAGCCAAGAUCAGCCGCUCGAUAUGGAGAUUCAACCGGGAUUCGGUGCUUUGGCCAGUUGUCCAUUUUGCUGGUGCAUCUUUCCUGGCUACCACACCCGCCUCAACCACACCAUAUCAGCCAAGCAGAUGAAUUAUCAUGUCGUGAAGAAGGUAAUGGCGAAACUGAUGAAACCCAGCGUGAAGCAACCCUAGUCAGGUAG